AUGGUGAAGCUCUUCAAGGACCAAUUACGUCUCCUUAACUUUCUAUCUUAUUUACUCUUAUUUGGUUUUGGUUUAGCCUUUGGAGCUAUAGCUAGUCGCUCUAUGAUCAAUUACAACUCAUUCCUUUUUUUUGUCACCCAAUCUUCUUUUUCUCCACCGCUACCGCCGGCACAGCCACUGGCGCCAACACCAGCAGCAGCAGAACAGCCACUACUGUCGAUAACAUCUUUUCUUGAAGGAAAUGACACCAAGGUUCUGAGCAACGGAUUGGAAGAUUACUUGAAACCACCUGAGGUUAAGCACCACAUGAACGAUAGAGAGUUGCUAUUGAGAGCUUCGAAGGUUCCUCGGACCCAACAGUUCCCAUACAAGAUAGCCCCAAAGGUUGCUUUUAUGUUCUUAUCAAGAGGGUCAUUGCCAUUUGGGCCUCUUUGGGAGAAAUUUUUCAAAGGUCAUGAAGGGAUGUACUCAAUUUAUGUUCACUCCAAUCCAUCUUACAAUGGAUCGAUUGAACCAGAAGGUUGUGUGUUUCAUGGACGAAGGAUCCCCAGUAAGGAAGUAAAAUGGGGACAGUUUAGCUUGAUUGAAGCAGAACGUAGACUACUAGCAAAUGCUCUCCUUGACUUCUCUAACCAAAGAUUUGUUCUCCUAUCAGAAUCAUGCAUUCCUCUUUUCAACUUCUCAACCAUCUACUCUUACCUCAUCAAUUCUACUAAGACAUUUGUAGAGGUUUAUGAUGAUCCAACUGUCGUCGGACGUGGCCGGUACAACCGCCGUAUGAAACCACUUAUCGAGCUCCGACAAUGGCGAAAAGGGUCUCAAUGGUUUGAGAUAGACCGUGAUAUUGCAAUUGAAUUUGUCUCCGACCAUAAAUAUUUCCCAUUAUUUGGGAGACUAUGCAAGCGUUCUUGUUUUGGAGAUGAGCAUUACUUACCAACAUUAGUGAACAUAAGAUUUGGAGAGAAGAAUUCAAAUAGGACUUUAACUUGGGUUGAUUGGACAAUGGGAGGACCACAUCCCACCAAGUUUUUUAGAACAAAUGUGACCAUUGAGCUUUUGAAGAUGUUAAGAAGUGGAAGUGAGUGUGAAUAUAAUGGCAAGACCACAAAUAUUUGUCAUUUGUUUGCUAGGAAAUUCUUACCCAACAGUUUGGAAAGGUUGUUAAGGUUUGCCCCAAAAAUCAUGAGUUUUACCCUAUGA